GAGCCUGUCAAAUUUUCCAUUCGAACUGAGCGACUCUCUCAAGUUCUACCAGAAAGCGCUGUGAUACCUCUGUGAAUAAGUAUUCGUUUCUGUAAAGAAUAUCGUUAUCUUCAACGGACAAACGAGGAUCUAUUGAAGAAUUCUCGUAAAACUAUGAGGGUUUUCUGUUGUCCCGCAUUUGUGUAUGUUGUAUCCUUCAUUAUACUCAGCCAUGUUGAAGUAGUGGCAAGUAACAACGCCACUAAUGGAUCCGCACCCCAAGCUACAGGCUGCCAAGAGCAAGUAGAUAACAAAUGUCCCAUGUCAUUAAAAAUCGACUGGUGGGAGAUUCCACCAUACAUUUACAAAGACUCAAAAAAAGAAGUAACUGGCAUCUUUCCAAAAAUUCUGGAGAAGCUUGUAAAAGAUUGUUGUGAUGGCGGCACAGAUAAACCAUCCUGCGUGAAGCUCAAUUUUAGUGAAGUUCCCUCCAAUGACUCUGAGGUGGUUAAAAAGCAAAUCGAUAAGAACGGCACACUGAUCAGCAUGCCCGUAUAUGGAGACAUGAAAGACGUCACUUUUCAAAACCACCCAUAUUACCCAGUCGUCGAGUCUCCUGGCGUUGUGUUCAUCGUCAAAAAGGAAGAUUCAUCCAAUGCUGCUCAGGCUGUCAUGGAGGCUGUGUUCCAGGGAUGGCCUGUCCUCCUCCUCACGCUGAUCAUGGCCGCACUGUCUGGCAUAGUAGUUUGGGCACUGGACACUUACUGGAAUCCUGAAGAAUUCCCGCGCUCGUUCUUCAAAGGAACAUGGGAAGGUUUUUGGUGGGCAUUUGUAUCCAUGACAACUGUUGGGUACGGUGACCGCGCGCCACGAUCAGUGCUGGCUCGUACGUUUGCUUUCAUCUGGGUUCUCAUUGGGCUCGUGAUCAUAUCAAUCUUUACCGCUACAGUCACAACGUCGCUCACCGCCAUAUCGCUUAGCAACGAAAUCAAACUGUACGGAUCUGACGUUGUCGCUUUGAAGAACACAGAGGAGCAAAGGCUUGGUGUACGAAACAAUGCUAAAGUUACAGAACUAAACAGCGUCAGUGAACUCAAAGAUACUGUUAUAAACCAGGAACCAAAAGUUACUGGAGCGCUGCUAGAUAGUUAUGUCGCAGGCUACUGGGCUAAGGUAGCAGAAGACCCUGUUUUAAAGAACCCGGAUCUCCGCGUGGGGACUGUGCUCGAUCAUCAGUUCGCUUAUGGCUUCGUUAUCGCUGGUGCUUUGAAAAAGGCAGAAAAAUGUAUGAGGAAGAAGCUUAACAGCAUGGAAACCGAAAUAACGGGAAUCAUCCAAGAGCAGGCAAAAACUAUGGAGGAACCAGGGGAGAGCGCAGCCGUGGAGAAAACAAACAAUCUAUUUGAUGCCAAAUCGCCAAUGUUCAGGAAAGCCAUCUACACUUGUAUCGGACUGGUAGGUGCGCUGACCAUAUGCGGGCUCAUUUGGGAGUUCCUAUAUUGGCGACCACGUCAGCCUAAAGAAGCAAAGACAGAGGUUGAACGGAUCGUGACACCAGAAACCUCUUACGAAAACCUAGUGGCCAUGCAGUGUGCAGAAAUUGAGGAGGCCAUGAUGAAUGAGGUUCAACGAUUUUACAUCGCUUGGAACAAGAAACUGGAAGAACUGAAGCGGCGCAACGGACAGAGUCCAGGUGACAUGAAUGUCAUUGGUAUGGGGGUGAGUGGAGGCGACAUGAGAAGCAUGUGAUGAGAGCUGUGCGGGAACGACACGGUCAGCAUUAGCGAAGCAUUUAUUGACAACACUUUUCAUAGGCUACUGUUAGGAACUAUUAAUGGCCAGAGCAUGCGUAGAUCUGACGAACUUACGAGAUGAGCAUCGAAACCCGAAUCUGAAGGACACUGUAGUUAACUGCAUUGAGGUUUUCUCCGCUACAAACAACCGAGUAGAAGAAUGUAGAACCUGUAUUAAACGAGUGACAUAAAUGCAAACGACGUUUGCCUCUGGACUUACAUCGCACCUUUAAACCAAACUAAGGAGUGUAAGCGUCUUUAUCCCAAGUCUCUCGUCAUUGUCAAUACUUAAGCUAAUGCUGGACUUUUUAACAGGCCAGGAGCCUGUUACGUUCCCUACAUUGUAAAUAGUGUUCCAUUAUCACAUUUGCAGCCAUUUUCUGCGUUACGUAAAAAACUGCCAACUUUUAUCUCAUAAUUUUGCUGAAACCUUUCGUAUUUUGCAAAUGACCCGCCAAUCUCGUCAGCAUGAUAGCGAUUACGAGGCCGUAGGUCAAAGGUAAACUAAUCUCUAUUAGCAGAGCUCUAAAUACCAGUGCUUUUAAAAAUAUUACAUAAAACAUUUUCAUAAGUUUUUGAGCUUAGAUGAAACACUAAAUUUUUUAGAUUCGUAAAAAGGUUAUCACCAUCAUUUAGUCAUUGUUAAAACAGUCUAUAUAGCGUUGGCAGAUAAGGAAUGGAGGGUAGAACCCCUAUCUCUCUUCCUGAGUUUAUAUUGUGCCGGUGGAGACCCCCCCUCCUUGUCUUUGAUCUCCACCACCU